AUGGAUGACAGAUACUUUGAGGAGUGGUUCACCGACAAGCUUUUGCCAAACAUUCUGCCUAAUAGCGUUAUUGUCAUGGACAAUGCGCCAUACCACAGCGUAGCUCUUGAGAAAGCACCUACCAAGUCGACGCGCAAAGCUGAUAUUCAGCUUUGGCUCACAAAGAAAGGUGUUCCGUGGUCAGAGGACAUGGUGAGAGCUGAACUGCUGGAACUUUCCCAAAAGGUCAACACACCCAGUAUUGUGUACCGCAUCGACACUCUGGCGGCUACCCACGGCCAUGAAGUGCUUCGUGUACCACCAUACCACUGCGAGUUCAACCCAAUUGAGCUUGUUUGGAGCGAGGUAAAGGGGUACAUUGCAGCACGGAAUACGGGUUUCACUUUGACUGAAGUAGAAAAGCUUCUGCCAGAAGCACUGGCAUCUGUAAAACAGGAAAAGUGGCAAAACUGCUGCGCUCAUGUAGAGCAAGUUGAAGCUGAAGCAUGGGAACGGGACAUGAUUGUGGAUAGUGAAAUAGAACCACUUGUCUUCUGCAUUUGUGAUUCGUGCAACUCCUCCUCCAAUGAGUCGGGUGCUCAGUUCAGUGAUGACGAGAUGAGUGGCAUUGAAGAACUUUGCUGA